GUGAAUGUCCCCUUGAUUAAUCUUACCAUAUCCCUGGUAAAAGGUGGUCUGCAUGAUGUUGUAUUGCCCACAGAAGUCUUUACUCGAAAUAUAUUCUUCACCAGAUUAUAUACAUACGCACCUACACACCUAUAAAUUGCCUAGAAGUCGGAGUUAUCAUUGGGCAAGAUCUUAUUAUUCACUAUUUGUGCACCGUCUACAUGGCUUUUGAAUAAGUAUCCUUGACAAUGCCAUCUCCGUCGGCAGCUAUUCUCGCCCUAUGUGCAACCUGCCUUCUUAGCCUAGCGGUUGCUUCUUCCACCCAAAGACCAAUAUUCGCGAUCGCACACAGGGUCCUCAGAAAGGAAGCUGUUACCGCGGCAUCCUCUCAUGGUGCGAACGCACUGGAAGUCGACUUAACAGCAUGGUACUUUGACUGGUGGGCAGACCAUGAUGGGAGGUUAUUCAGUGCAGGCACUACUGUACAAGAGCUGUUCCAAUUUAUUGCGCAACAAAAAUGGACUCAUAGCCUUGAUAUCUCCUUUGUUUGGCUAGAUAUUAAGAAUCCAGACUUUUGUCGUGAGGGUCGGUCUUGUUCUAUUGAGGCCUUACGGAAUUUAGCUCGUGAUAUUCUUGAACCUGCAGGUAUACGUGUGCUUUACGGGUUUUUCCAAACUGCCAACAGCCGUGGGUAUAAAGUGAUCAGAGAUACCUUAAAUGCGAAUGAAGCCAUUGUCUUAAGUGGUGAGACUAAUAGUAUCUUGCACUUCUAUAACACCACUGGCAUCAAUAUACCUGCACAGCAGAGAGUUAUGGAUUUUGGGGAUUCGUGGCUUAAUCAGGGGGUCGAUAUAUAUCCACAGCUCCGAUAUGGAAGCUGGAAACGAGACCAGGGCACAUUAGGAAAGGUCUUUAGCUGGACUAGUGCAGAAGGUGAUACUGAAAUGGUCCAGUAUCUCCUUCGUGAAACCGGCAUUGAUGGGUUUAUAUAUGGUUAUCCGAUGGACGAGUACAAGGAUGCUGGUGCUCCAAAAGCUGCCCUGAAAGAUAUUGUUAAUUUCGUUGAGGCCAAUCCCGAUACUCAUCGAAUGGCUACGGGUAAUGAUGCCCCGUGGUAGUGGAACGGCAAUCUAUGAUUACGGUCCGUACGGGACAACAAUCCAUUCUCAUCUCAUUCUACUGUUCUAUCCAUGAACCAAAAAAUAGCCAAAUCACAGAUAUAUGUAGCC